AUGGGACAAGCUUGUCUAGGAGGAGAUUCUGGUAAACAAAUGGACCAGAGAGUUACUGAUUUACUCGAGAGCGACCGAUUAAAGGAUUCUGAAAUUAAAUUGUUGUUGUUGGGAGCUGGUGAGUCAGGAAAAUCAACUCUUUUCAAGCAAAUCAGAAUCAUACACGACGGAGGUUACAACGACCAUGAAUUGCUCGGUUUCGUUGAUACCAUUCACUCGAACGUUCUCCAAUCGAUGCAAGCUCUGAUUCAGGCCUCUCAUGAUCUCAACAUUCCAAUUGAGAAUCCUGAGAAUAGACAAAAGGCUGCCAAAAUUCUUGAAUUACAAAACGAUUCACUCUUGAAUAUUAACAAGGUGUACAAUGAGGCCUUUGCUAAUGAUUUGAAGGAUUUGUGGGAAGAUGCUGGAAUUCAAGGAGUUUACAAACGUAGAAAUGAAUUUCAAUUGUUGGAUUCUACUGAAUACUUUUAUACACACUUGAAGAGAAUUUCUCAGAAAGAUUACAUUCCAACCAACAAGAUGUUCUCCACUAUUGAUGGACUCAAAAUGCUUCUUAUCGACGUCGGAGGACAACGUAACGAAAGAAAGAAAUGGAUUCACUGUUUCGACGAUGUCACAGCCAUUAUUUUCGUUGCCAGUUUGAGUGAAUUUGAUCAAAAGUGUUAUGAAGACGAUAGCACUAAUCGUUUGGAUGAAUCCAUCCUCUUGUUUGAUGAAAUUGUAAACUCUCACUUCUUUGAGAAGACUCCUGUCAUCUUGUUCUUGAACAAGAGUGAUUUGUUUGCAAAGAAGUUGCAAGAUCGUGUAUUCAAGGAAGUUUUCUCAGAUUUUGAAGGAGAUGACACUAAUUUGAGACAAUGUGCUGAUUACAUAAAAGAAAAAUUCCUUCAACGUAUAGAAGAUAAGGAUGAAAAGAAGAUUGAUGUCAGGAUAACAUGUGCAACUGAUACAGAAGCAAUUAAGACUGUAUUCGACAAUGUCAAGGAAGCUAUUGUCAAGAACACUGUUAUUGGUCGAUCUGAUUAA